GUUCGGACUUCUUCGGCAAUCUUCGGGACGUCGUUCUAGGAUUGGAUGCUACUGUGAGUUUUUUUUGUCUUUUGGAGAAGCUAUUAAGUGGAGAGUUAAAAAGCAUUAAAGAAGCAUUGGAAAUCGAAAUUGAAGAUAUAUUAAUUUGCAAAGUUAUAUUUGAUUUUCUAAGGCCUACAAUAUGGAGCAGAAGACUAUAAAGUGUGGUGAUGUUGGUGAGAUCAAUGUUUACGUACAGGGAAAUAGGUCGAGCAAUGAAAAGGUCAUCUUUACCGUGCACGACCUUGGCUGCAAUUAUUUACAAUACGACGAUUUUAUCAAUCAUGAGAGAAUGCAGCCGAUCAGGGACAGAACUGUAUGGGUUCAUGUUGCUGUACCCGGACAGGAAACGGACGCGUCGGAUUUACCAUCGACAUAUUCUUUCCCGACAAUGCAAAAACUCGGAGAAAGUCUGAUUCAUAUUCUUGAUGAGUUAAAAAUUAAAGAAGUACUCUGCUUUGGUGAGGGAGCGGGAGCAAAUAUCCUUGCGAGAUUUGCGUGUAAACAUUCGGAUAGAGUGAUGGGAGUUGUACUGCUUCACUGUACAGGCACUACGGCAGGUUUAAUGGAAUCACUUAAAGAUAAAGUUAUAAAUUGGAAACUGGAACAUAUUGGAAUGAAUCCAACUGCUGAGCAAUAUUUGGUACUUCAUCGUUUCGGUUCGAGCAGUUCAAAGUUUAACACAGCGGAAAAUGCGGAGCAAUUGAAACAAGUUAUUGCUAACUUUCAAGAAGAACUUCGGCAACACGUAAAUCCGAAGAAUUUGAAGAAAUUUGUUGAAGCUUUUCUAAAGAGAACAAGUAUCGCCGACAAAAUCACUCAUUUAAAAUGCCCUAUGCUGUUGGUAACCGGCCAAAAAUCCGUGUUUAGCGGAACGACAAACUCUCUUGCCCAAACCGUUUCUAGACACGCUUCAGUAAAGGACCUGGUGAAUUUUAUCGAGGUUAAGAGGGUUGCCAACGUUUUGGAAGAAGCGCCAGAAAAGAUGGCUGAGAGCUUUCAGUAUUUCAUCCAAGGUUUGGGGUGGGCUUCAGGAAUACCGAUGGUUCAUGUGGAACGACCACCAAAGAGCAGACUACGAUCAAUGUCAAUGGAAGUCUACGAUCAGCCGAAACUGAGAUUGCGCUCGAUGUCAGGAGGGGAGAACGAUAUUAGUCAAAUGUAAAAUUUCAUUACGCCGUCAACAAGCGUUUCUUCUGGCGUUCCAAUGCCGUCAAAUCCACCGAUAACUAGAAAUCGUUCGAUGAGCAUGGAGGAAUAUGAUCUACCGUUGCGCAUGCGUUCUACUUCUGGAGGAGGAUCUUCAUGCGGAUCACCAACUUGCGUUUAAUCUGUCUAUCGAUAUCAGUUUUGUUUGUUUGUUUGUUUUUUUGUAUUUUAGUUAAAUUUUUUUUAUAGAAACUCUGAUGAAUUCUUUAAAAAAGUCUUUUGUUUUUUCUUUCUUUAUUUCUUACUACGUUUGUUUAAAAUUAUUGUUAGAUGUUGUGUUUAUUAAAGUUUAGACACAAAAUAGUUUAUAGUAGUGCAAAAAACAGGUUGUGGUGUGUAAAAAAAAGAAAGAAAAUCUCAAAUAUUUUCUUUUAAAUACA